AUGCCUAACUUCCACGCCACGCUGCUCUCCGGUCUUCUUGUCCUGGUCGUCGUCUUGGGGCCCUCCUCGAUGGCUCGAGGUCGCAAGGACGGCGUCGCCGGUGACGUCGAGUGCAAAUUCCACUGCCCGCACUCCCUGAAACCCACGCCUCGCGCCCUCUACAAGAGUUCUUCGAACGGCUGCGGCACCGAGGCGUUCCGGCUGCCGGCGUCGGCGCUGCCGCACCCGGACUUCGAGGCCUGCUGCAACGAGCACGACGUCUGCUACGACACGUGCCUCUCGGACAAGGCACAGUGCGACGCGGCCUUCGACGCCUGUAUGAAGCGCAUCUGCGACACCAAGGUAACGACUGGCAAGGACUCGUGCGUCUCGACGGCCGACCUGUUCAUGAGCUUGACCACGAACCUGGGUUGCGACCCCUUUAUAAACUCUCAGAAGCAGGCAUGCGCGUGCCAAUCCGACGGCGACCUGUAG